AUGGAUCCUUGUGAGCUUAAGCCAACAAUAUCUCAAGCACAUCCCGAGACUAUGGACUUCCUUUCUAGUGCUUGGUGCAACUUUGCUGUUCAAGCUUUCCAGCCUGAGCUACAAGACCAAUCGCUCAUUCUCCACGAUAGCUCGAUCAAGAAACUCGAUAAUGAUACAAAACCACCUUUUCUGCAGAAACUGGACAAGAGCAUGAAGAUGGAUGAUACCGACAAUUUUGUACCCCCAUGGAAAUCCAAUGAUGUAAAAUCAUGGAUAUGGAUGCAACAAGCAAUGCAUCCAGAAUUGAACUAUAACAGCUAUUUCAAGAAGAAAUGGAUGCCAUGGAAAAUUGGGCAACAAUUUAAGAAUGUGUCUAUCAAGAAAUGGCUCAAAGAAAUUAAGCAGCGGAGCAAAGAUGAUAAGAGGCUGCAGAGAGCUGAAGUACAUGCAGCAGUAUCAGUGGCAGGUCUAGCUGCAGCUUUAGCUGCCAUAGCUGCUGAAAAUUCAUCAAAACUUGAUGAUAAUCCAAUCAACGCCACCAAGGACACCGCCGUGGCAUCGGCGGCUGCGCUGGUUGCUGCUCAGUGUGCCAAAAUGGCAGAAGCAAUGGGAGCAAAGAAAGAGCAACUCAGAAGUGUGAUAGGCUCCGCCAUGACUGGCACAAGUACCAGUGACAUCCUAACACUUACCGCUGCUGCUACAACUUCACUUAGAGGAGCUGCAACGCUUAAAGUCAGGGCAGGGUACAAGAACAAGCUGAUUAACGGAGGUGCACCAGUGCUACCAAUUGAGGAUCUCAAUUUUGACUUUGAAAAUUGCAGAUCAAUUAUAGCCAAAGGUGCCGAGCUUAAUGUCGAGACCCCAGAUGGAAGGAAUGUCUUGAGGUCAGUCUCAGUCAUCCUCAAUGGUGAAUCCAAGGUUAUUCUCAGAAUAAGGAAGCUUAAUCUACUGAAUGCCUUUGCAAGAACGCAUGAAAGUGUUGUGCUAGAUCUGCAUGUCGAAUUGUACAAGGAUUCAGAAGCAGGAGAAAAUGAUAAUACUUGCUAUCUCCUCGUAUUAACGACAAACAAAGGAAUGAUCAAGCUAGACAUGAUGGAUGACUAUAAGGGAUUCAAGACAUGGUCAAUUACUAUUAAUCAGAUGCUGAUGCUAUCCACCUCAUUCACAAAAUAUGAGCUGCAAUUUUACAAACACUGA